AUGUCUGCGGGAUCGGCCGCGGCGGACGGGUUCUUCCGCAACUGGGUCUUCGAAGGCUCGCUGUCGGGCGUCGACCACGGGAUCGAGCGCCGGCCGUACCACCGCAACUGCAGGUGCGCGCUCCACGACAAGUCCCGCGACGGCGGCGCUGGCGGCGGAGGCGGAGGCUGCGGGAACUGCAAGAACACCGUCUCGUAUAAGAUCCGCCGGUCCUGGAGCGAGGGGUCUCUGGCCCUCGCCGGCGCCGGAGCCUCCCCUUCGUGUUCGUCGAAUUCGUCCCCUCACGCGGGUGGAUCGGGGUACGGCCCUCCGCCGCCGUCGCCGUCGUUGCAGUCGCUCGCGCGGAGUUUGAGCAGGGAUGAUCUGGCUUCCGCCGGGAACAGUUGA